CAGCUUCAAAAUGUUUACCUUCGUCUUUCUAUUUUCUAUUCUAUUCUAGCUCUCUAGGCUAGUAGAAGGAAACAGAAUGUGCACAGCACCUUAGACCUACGAAUUUAGAAUACUGUUUACUUGUAUCGUUGAUAUUUAAGUAAAUCAAGUCAAUAGUAACUUAGUGGUAGAAUAAUUAUAAAAUCAGUUUUCAGAUUUCUGCAUUAUUAAUAGGGUACCUAGCCUACCAGCCAAAUCAAGAAGUUAGUAAAUUUGAUUUUUUUUAGUUUUCUAAAAACAGCAACAAAGAAGACAGCAACAUUUCAUCAACAAGGUUGAAACUGGACUAGGCCCAGUUUUUAAGGUGAAAAUGGAUGUAGACAAGAGGUAUUGUCAAAAUCGUCAAAGGAAGCGCAAGAGAACAUUUGUACCAUCACCUAUUUAUGAAAAGGAAAAUGUUUCACCAUCAGAGGAGGAAAGACAAUUUAAACUCAGAAGAUUUGUAGAAGACGUGGGAAAAUUUUGGUCAGAAAAAGAAAAUGUUCAAAGCCAGGAAAUUGUACCUAAAACUAAAAUGAAAGCCUCGUCUAAAGCAGAAAAGCUAGUGAAAAAAGCAAAUAUCCCAAAACAUUUUACAAACAAAAGCUUAUUCCAGCGUAGAGGGAUGCAGACAAAAAUUUUCAAAAGAAGUGGUGUGAUGACUAGAGAAAUGACUGCCAAGCUUGAUGAGGACUUGCAUCAAAUAAUUUCUUUGGCUAAAAACACACAAUGUCACCAUCAGUGUGAAUGCAAACAGCAAAAAUCUAUCUUUGGGACUUCCGAACAUGGAAUGCAACUUAGAAGUAAAACCCUAUCCGUUCUGAAGCCGUUGCAACCAAGCAGGUUGUCUCCAUCUCCAAGUCCCCAGCCAGAUGUUGAUAGAAGAACUCAAACGUCAACAAUGUCUAGCGGUGACAAAGGCAGCAAAUCAAUGUCCGAACUCGCCAAAGAACUUUACCCACAGUUUGUCAGGGUUGUAAGCCUCAGUUGUUCUCAAACUAAAUCUGCUCUCUUCAAAAAUCAAAGUUAUGUUUCUGCCGUAAAAAACAAACUAUUAGAAAUCUAUGUAAAAGGAAUGAAAGAGGAAUCUCAGAAAACCACAAGUAGUGUGGACACUUCCCCGUUUCCUCCUACAGUAAAAACACAAUCAUCCAACCAGGAAAAAGAACUGCCAUUUAAACUUGCGCCUGCCAAGUUUUACUUCAAGAGUAACAUGCAGUUUUUGGAGGAAACUAUCGGAACAAGCUCGACUGGAAGUGGGAAGUUUCCGGCUCAGUCCUCACAGAGAUACCAACUGCGUAACCAGAAUCCAAAACCACGUGAAAGGUGUCGCCAACCACCGCUUUCACUGCUGUCUCCACCGGUUGUCAACUACCUGAAACCUCAGAGGACUUCAACAUACGCACCAAGAAUCAGCAGAUACCUACAUGAGCCAUUCAUGAAGACUCCUUCCCCCACCUCCACUUUUCUUGACUUAGUUGAAAAGCCGACAAUGUUUCAUGGCUGUGGUGAUGGUCUACAUCUUGACAGUUACAACAGUUUUUUACCACCAAUCAAAGAAGAAGAAGAUUCCCCUGACUUUCGUUACUUCCCAAGGAAGAUUUUUUAGUUAUUUGUUGAAUGUUAUAUUUUGGUAUUUUUUGUAUGAUAAAAUAAUUGAUUUAUUGUUUACCUUGA